AUGGCGGCCUGCAUCGGCAUGGUCGCUAGAGUUGGGGGUUUUGCAGCGACUGUGCUAAAGCCGGUAGCCAGACAGUGUUCAGGGGAUAGGAUAAGCAUCUUCGUCCCGCAUCGCUUUUCGCAUGGAGCUCGGAGCCGUUUGUACGAGCAUGUCCGCGAUGGCUACAGUGACAAGCCUGAGCUGGACAUGAGAGCCGUGUGUGAGGAGACCGACAAAGUCAUAGCUAAUGUAGAGAGCAGGAAAGGUGACCUGCGAGGGGACGAUGUCAGGAAAAUUGUAUGUGUGUGGCAGGAGCUCCAGGCAGUAAGGAUGGAAAUCUCUGAGCUGGAGGAGGAGAAGAGGCGUGUCAGUGACAUAGUCAGAGCACUAGUGAUGAAGGAGGACAAGAAAGCCCUCGCCAAUCUUCCAGAGUACACCCAAGCUCUGCAGAAGGGCCGAGAGAUCCGCAACAGACUCAGUUAUCUCUGCAACAAAGAGACCGAGCUGGAUGAGGAACACUAUGGCCGGGCACUCAGGCUGCCCAACACUACACACCCUGAUGUGCCAGUAGGAGAUGAGAGCCAGGCGAGGGUGGUGGAACUUGUGGGAAAGAAACCAGUGUUUGACUUCAAACCCAAAGGCCAUGUAGAGCUGGGGGAGGAGUUAGGACUCAUCAGGCAAAGGCAUCUAGCUCAUGUCUCAGGCCACAGGUCGUACUAUCUUCGAGGCGCAGGGGCCAGACUUCAAACUGCACUCCAGAACUUUGCCCUUGACACACUACAGCGACGGGGCUUCAUUCCCAUGGUUGUUCCUGACAUGCUGAAGGGCGCCGUGUUUGAGGGUUGCGGGAUGCAGCCCAAUGCCCAUAGCUCUCAAGUCUACUCACUGGACCCUGCACGUUUCCCAGACAUCAACCUGGCUGGAACCGGAGAGGUUGGGGUGGCAGGCUAUUUUAUGGAUCAUGCAGUGAACUGGAAGGACCUGCCCAUCAGGACAGUGUGCAGCAGCACCUGCUACAGAGCAGAGACGGACACGGGCAGAGAGACGUGGGGGCUCUACAGAGUUCAUCACUUCAAUAAGGUGGAGAUGUUUGGAGUGACAGCAGAUGAGACAGGAGAAGAAAGCUCGCAGCUGCUGGAGGAGUUUGUCAAUUUACAAAAAGAGAUGUUUUCUGCACUGGAACUGCACUACAGAGUGCUAGACAUGCCGACAGAGGAACUUGGUCCUCCAGCACACAGAAAGUAUGACAUUGAAGCCUGGAUGCCUGGGAGAAACAGCUACGGAGAGAUUUCCAGUGGGUCCAACUGUACAGACUACCAGAGCAGACGCCUGAACAUCCUGUAUGAGAGAGAGGACGGCAGCCUGCAGUACGCCCACACAGUGAACGCUACAGCUUGUGCUAUCCCUCGAACUGUAAUCGCCAUCCUGGAGACUCACCAGACCAAAGAGGGAACGGUGCGUGUCCCCCAAGCCCUACAGUCUUACCUGGGUCUGGAAGUGAUUGAGAAGCCAAAAUACUCUCCGCUGAAAUACAUCGGACCCAACCAGCGCUAUCCGCCGCCAAGGCCAGUUCCUAAAACUCGAUGACAAGAAUCCAAGUUGAGUGCUUAAACAGAAGCCAUCGUCUACAUACACCCAAUGUGCAAAGUAGUUUAUGUUCAAAAGACAAGUGGGUUAGUUGAUCCACGGUGUCCCCAAAUGAAAUUAAAAACAACUUUGUGAAUUGAGUGUCACUGCUUUUGAAAGAUGACCACUGUAAAUAGAUUCAUUUCUUUGUCUAAUGCAGUGAAAUAAUGAAUGGAAGCAUGGGUAUCUUUU